CUGUGUCCGGCACUCGCGACGGCCUCGCUCCGGUGUGCAGCUCCGCUCCUCCUCGCUGACGAGUGACGACCUCCAGAGCCGCGGACGCGUUAGAGCCGGGCAAAAGUUUAAUAUUAGUCGACAACUUCAACGACCAACGAGCACUCGGCUGUUUUUUUCUUUUUUUUUUUUUUUUUCCAGUUUAAGCUGAGGUGGUUCACUGAACCAAAGCCUCGGGGGAGAUUAUUUUUGAAUUAUUCAGAGGAUUUUUUUUUCUUCUUCUUCUUUUCUGUUCUGGACACUGCUUUCUAAAUAGAGUUUAUCCCAAAACUUUAUGCUGCGGUGAAGCUGUGAAGGCUUACUUUUCCCCUGUUUUUGUCGGUAUGCCUGUGGCCAUCUGUGUGUCUCCGGACAGGUAACCACCAGGUGUGUUGCUGCUGUCAUGGCCUCAACAACUGCUCGGUUGUUUCCUGUCGCUGUGGUCGCGGUUCUGGCAGUGCUGGUGUCAUCAGAGGAGCAUGAGUGGCAUUUCAACGCAGCUCAGUGUCGUUAUGCCCUCGGGAUGGAAGAUGGCAGCAUCGCAGACACUGACAUCACUGCCUCCAGUGCCUGGUCAGACUCCACUGAGGCCAAACAUGGAAGGUUGAGCACCGGAGAGGGGGAUGGAGCAUGGUGUCCAGCAGGACCCGUCUUCCCCGGCGGGUCAGAAUACCUUCAGAUUGACUUGCACAAACUCCACUUCCUGGCUCUGGUUGGUACCCAGGGUCGCCAUGCCGACGGACAUGGCCAGGAGUUCGCUCGCAGCUAUCGACUUCGCUACUCCAGAGAUGGACAAAAAUGGAUCACUUGGAGGGACCGCUGGGGACAAGAGGUCGUGUCGGGUAAUGAGAACACCUAUGAUAUUGUGCUUAAAGACCUGGGUCCCCCCAUUGUGGCUCGAAUGGUCCGUUUCUACCCCCUGGCUGACCGGGUGAUGAGUGUUUGCCUUCGGGUGGAGCUCUAUGGUUGUGUAUGGAAUGAUGGUCUGAAGGCUUACACAGCUCCAGUGGGUCACGUCAUGCAGUUGCCAGGAAUGCCUGUUUUUUUGAACGACUCAACCUAUGAUGGAAGCACAGAACAAGGGAUGCAGUUUGGAGGCCUGGGUCAGCUUUGCGAUGGCGUCCUGGGAGGAGACGACUUUAUGGAAACUAAGGAGCUGAGGGUGUGGCCGGGGUACGAUUACCUCGGUUGGAGCCGUGAGGCCCUUGGACAAGGCAGCGUAGACAUUGAAUUCCACUUUGAGAAGCCUCGAAUCUUCAACAACAUGCAGGUGCACAGCAACAACCGCCACACACAGGGGGUGCGAGUCUUUAGCAAAGUGGAGUGUCUGUUUAAGCCUGGCCUCCUGCAGCCCUGGUCCUCCCCGUCGCUCAACCUCCUCGUACCCCUCGAGGAUCUAAAGGACCCUUCCUCAAGACCCAUCUCCCUCCCACUCGGCAGUCAGCCAGCUCAGAUCCUCCGCUGCAAAUUCUACUUUGCAGACCGCUGGCUGCUGAUCAGUGAAAUAAAUUUCCUCUCCGAGCCGUUGGGGGAGGAUGCCACAGACACCAAUUUAUUUCCUCAUAAUCCUCCCAAGAUUCCUGAUGCCAGUUCCCUCCCUCCUGUUAAUACCACUUCCUCUCUUUCGACGUCAAGCCCGUCCUCCAACGCCACCAGCGGGCCUUCUGAAACCCCCUCCACCACCACCUUCAUGACGGACACCACUGAUAUCUGGACACCAUCAGGCAGUGAAACUGCCCUUACUCCAAGGGCGGGGCUUCCUGUGGCCAAAGUGGAUAGCAGUAAUACGGCUAUCCUGAUUGGCUGCCUGGUGGGCAUCAUCCUACUCUUGCUGGCUGUGAUCGCUGUCAUCCUCUGGAGACAGUACUGGAAGAAGAUUCUGGGCAAGGCCCAGGGCAGCCUGUCCAGCGACGAGCUCCGAGUUCACCUGUCGGUCCCCUCGGACAACGUGGUCAUCAACAACACACACAGCUACUCCAGCCGCUACCAGCGCAUACACACCUUUCCAGACGAUCAUGACCGAGACGGAGAGGGGGAGUACCAGGAGCCGAGCGCACUGCUCCGGCCAAGGGAUCAAAGAGACAGCACAGCCUUGCUGUUAAACAACCCGGGUUAUCACGUGCUCCUACCAGAUCACAGAAAAGGCUCCAGAGCCCUUGUCGUCUCCAACUCCACACAGGCUCAGGAAAAGAGUCUCAAUGUGCCCCAGGCGUGUGGUUUGGACCUGGAUAUGGAGAAGGGCUUCCCCGUCUCACCUGAGGAGCCUCCUCCCUACCCGGGGUCCCCUCCCUACCCGUCUCUGUCCCCGCCCGUUUCUCCCCCUCUUCCUCCCAGCGUCCCCCACUACGCCGAGGCAGACAUCGUGAGUCUCCAGGGUGUCAGUGGAAACAACACGUACGCCGUGCCCGCGCUGGCCUCCUCCAGCCCCGGCGCCGACGCCACGCCGCUGCCGGAGCUGCCACGCCACUCUCUCAUUUUCAAGGAGAAGCUGGGGGAGGGACAGUUUGGGGAGGUGCACCUGUGUGAAAUCGAGAACCCUCAAGACCUUCCCACUUUGGAGUUUCCAUUCAACGUGAGAAAAGGUCGCCCUCUUCUGGUAGCUGUCAAGAUACUGCGCCCCGACGCCUCCAAGAAUGCCAGGAACGACUUCCUCAAAGAGGUGAAGAUCUUAUCUCGGUUGAAAGACCCGAACAUCAUCCAGCUGCUGGGAGUGUGUGUGAGCAGCGAUCCGCUCUGCAUGGUCACCGAGUACAUGGAGUGUGGUGACUUGAACCAGUAUCUGUCCCACAGAGCCCUGUUGGACAAAACUGGGCCUUCACACAAUACACCAACCAUCAGUUACCCAGCGCUCAUCUCCAUGGCAAGCCAGAUUGCGUCAGGAAUGAAGUUUUUGUCGUCCCUCAACUUUGUGCACCGGGAUCUGGCCACUCGUAACUGUCUGGUUGGGGGGGAGAAGGGUGAGAGCGAAGAGGAUGGAAGCGGUGAGCGUCAUAUCAAGAUAGCCGACUUCGGGAUGAGCAGAAACCUGUAUGCUGGCGACUACUACAGGAUCCAGGGCAGAGCCGUGCUGCCCAUACGCUGGAUGGCGUGGGAGUGCAUCCUCAUGGGUAAGUUCACCACAGCCAGCGACGUGUGGGCGUUCGGGGUCACUCUGUGGGAGAUGCUGAGCGUUUGUCAGGAGCAGCCGUACUCCAACCUCACUGAUGAACAGGUCAUCGACAACGCCGGAGAGUUCUUCAGAGACCAGGGCAGACAGGUGUAUCUGGGCAAACCAGCUGUUUGCCCUCAGGGUCUCUACGAGCUCAUGUUGAGCUGCUGGAACAGAGACUGUAAGCUCCGCCCAUCCUUCGCCACCAUCCACUCCUUUCUUACGGAGGACGCCAUGAACAUGGUGUAACGAGAGAAGCUGAGAAAAACUGCAACUCUUGAGUCAUGCUUUUUCAUGCUGCUGUGGGAAGGUGUGGUGGAGGGUGCACUCGCAGGGAGAGUGGGUUGCUCGCUUUUGUAAUUUUUCCCUUUUUUUUUUUUUUCCUCCUUCCUUUCGGUGAAUGGGGCUGAGAUACCGCUGGUUCGGUUUGAUUUCCACUUCAGAGCCCAAAGAUGAAACGAUAGCAAAAGCUUUUGAUAGGUAACAAUCCAAGCUAUUUCUUUUCGGUUGGUGGUGGGUGCAGACUGCAUAGGAACUUUCUCGCUUCUCAGAUACUUAACAAUCACGAAGACUCGCUACAACUGGUGACUUACUUCUGCAGAAAGUUUAAUGACAUCCCCUAUCACAAACUAGGAUGCAAGCACUUAUAAAGUUUAGUAAAUUUCAUCAUGCAUCAUCCUAGAUGCUACGUGCAGGGUAAAAAAUAGACAUGCAGUGUGAGCUCUGGCUGCAGAUGACACACAGCCUGGGACGAGAGCACCUGUUGUCCAGAGAUGAAACGGCAGACAUUGGGAUUGUCUUAGUAUUUAUACCCUAUUGCUUACACUGUAUUCCAGUGAGAUUAUGCCCAAAUACAGCCCCACUGGCUCACUCCUUACCAUGAGUGUUCCUUUUUAUCUCAGCCUCAUGUCCUUACACAGUAACCCAUAUCCGCAGUUUUUGUGGACUAAUGUGAAAUGAUGUGGACCAGACAGCAGCGGACACCCCGCCCCCCUUCUCUACAAUGUGAUUACUUCAAGCUCGUCACGAACCACCAGCCCCACAUCUUAAAAGUCCAAGAAGCGCCUGCACCCCAUCCUUGUGAGGAAAACAUGUGUACUUGUUGCCAAAUGGACUUCUCAAACAUGAGGAAAAAAAAAGGCACGGAAGAGGGGAGUCUGCAGCCAUUGAUGAGACAUGAACCAAAAACUUUGAAAUGUUUAUCGGAGCAAAGAGACCAUGCUGGCAGAAGAACGGAUAUCUUCACAGCUGUCUGCUCUGCUCAGGAGUUUGCCCCCCUCCCCUAAAUCUUGCUGUGACUUAGUCAUGGGAGAAUAAUGUAAAAUUCCACAACCAGCUGCACUUUAAUCCCUACAUGCAAAUGCCCGGCCAUGAUUAGACUCUUCUCUGAUGGGCUGAAUGACGAUUCCCGUCGACGUGGAUUCUUAUACAUUUACUUGCUGCAAUUUUCAGGUAUUUGCAGAGGAAGGCCUCACAGAUGUGCGAUAAUAUCUGUAAACCCUCCCAGCAUGGCGUUGCCAAACCAUAAGAUGUAAAAUAUUGUUUUGAAAAAAAGAAAAAUGGAUUGGCAUUCAGAAUUCAUUUGGUGUAUGACAACCUAUGAUUCAGAAACUUUGAGUGUGUUGAGAUGUUGCUCACACUAAUCUGUUUUUGAUAACUGCAAUUCUACAUGUACAGUAUAGCUCAAAACGGGAUAUCUGGGCUCCUGAUUCUAGUGUGAGUCAGCAUCUGAAAUCUGCUUUGCCUCAUGUCUCUGCAUGAAGCUGACUGCGGCAGACUCACUGACGCUACCUAACUGACUAAAUAGCACUCUGAAUCUAUUCUGAGACGAUCAAGAUCAUAUAAUGGAUGUUUAUAAUGUACGGUUGCACCAUCUGGCUCUCUUUUUGAUACACUGUAGUUCAGUUAAACCCAUUUUUUAUAUAUGCUGUAUGUACUAAGACUCUCCUUCAUGUCUGUAUUUUUCCGUCUGAACAUUACUGUAUAAGUACUUGUACAUAUUUCAAGGACAGAAUUACAUUUUCCUUUACUAAUAUAUAGAGAACUCAUAUUACAUGUUGGGUCUUCUGUGUCUCUGUAGAACGCUUGCUACUUUGACGCUGUCAUUCAUUGUGUUGUCUAUUUUUGUAGAUGUUUUAAUAAAGUCAGACUUUUCAAAUAAA